GAGUGUAUUUUCUUGGCCAUUGUUACUGGUUUCACUGUGUGUGUGUGCGUGCGCUCAAGCACUGGCUCCCUGGACGUUCACACCAGAUCAAGGCUCAUGUAUAGAUUGUUGUCUAGGCCAGUGGUUCCCAAGGGGUUGGGUGGUUCCCACAGUUUCAUUAUAGUCUAUAAAACUUUGAUAAACUGAUAAAUGUGUGGUUAUGUUAUCUGAUUUACUUUCAUCAGUAAUAGAAGGGGUUGCAAGUCUCUGCUUGGAAACCUUUGAUUUAGAUACAGUACAAAAAUCCUUGAUAUGUAUAUAGCUUUCUCUUAUGUAAGACAUUUAGACGCCUAUAUUAUAUAUCACUAUCAUUGUUCUGACAGAAUCAGACUUCCAGGAAGUUUUUCUGUUAUUUAUUUUUUUAUCUAGCUGACCAGAUCUCUCUUAAGGACUUGAGAAGUGGAAAACAGUUUCACCUAUUUUCCAGUGUUACAGAAUAUAUCUAAUUUAGCGUGCUGCUUUUACAAUUCCCAGCCAACACAGAUAUCCCAGCAUGAUAGCUACAUAGAAAAGCCUGGGGUUCAUUUCAGGUCAGAGCGGUGGAUACCUGGAUGGGCAAGGCAUUGGGGUGGAGUUGAACUUAAAAUCAAGGGCUUAAAAAUAGGAGACCUAGUGAUGCUAGAUUAUUUUGAAGAUGGCUCUCCAAACAUUUGCAUCAGGGUAUGCUGUGAUGAUCAUUCUGAUGUGCAAAGGUUGUCUUUCACAGCAACCUGGAUGUGGAAAAGCAGCACUCAACACUCGUAUCAUUGGGGGUCAAGAUGCAUCCCCAGGAAGUUGGCCUUGGCAGGUAGCUUUAAAGUGGUCUGGUUUUGCUUACUGUGGAGGGUCACUGAUCACCAACCAAUGGGUGCUGACAGCUGCUCACUGCAUAACAAGCUAUUGCCUCAACUUCACAAGUGCCCAUUUGGGUCUGAACAACCUGUCAAGUUCCAACCCCAAGGAAGAAAUUCGAACACUUGAACAUUUCAUCUGUCAUCCUGAAUACAACAAGAACACCCUCGAAAAUGACCUCUGCCUUCUGAAACUGUCAUCUCCUGUCAAUUUUACUAGCUACAUCCAGCCGGUCUGUUUGGCCUCAGUAAAUAGCACGUUCCAUGACGGGGUAACAACCUGGGUCACUGGUUUUGGUAAGACUGAUUCAGGAUUUUUGGCCAACAUUCUGCAAGAGGUAGAUGUACCAAUAGUGGGACACAAGAAGUGCUCGUGCUACAACCUAAACUUCUACAAAAUCACUGACAACAUGAUAUGUGCAGGACUUAAAGCUGGAGGGAAGGACUCUUGUCAGGGAGACUCAGGAGGGCCGUUGGUAAUAAAAAGUGGAUUUUCAUGGAUCCAGGCUGGAAUUGUGAGUUUCGGUAAAGGCUGUGCUCUCCCAAUGCAACCAGGGGUCUACACUCGAGUGUCCAAGUAUCAGACGUGGAUCAAAGAUACUGUCACUGGCAUGAAACCAGGAUUUGUUACCUUCACUUCCCCCGGUGUUAACAGUGACCUACAAUUUAUAUGUCCCACCAUUAGCCCUAGCACUGCCCGUACCACCAACUCAACCACUAAGCCAGCCAUUAACCCUAUUAUUCCCCCUACCAUUAAAAAUGUGCCUGUCUCAUUGAUCAAUACUGACAAAAGUGUUUUUGCUAGUGGUAAAACUUUGAAUGACUUCACUCCCUUAGUGUGUCUCUUUGCUUUAGCUCUGUUUCUCCAUGGCUUUGUUGGCAGUGGAGGAAUAUAACAGCCAUACAGGGCAUGGUAAUCCUUGUAAGAGAACAGUUCCAUUCAUUUGGACUUUUUAGGGUUGCAAGUAAAGUCAGAGUUUCAACCUUUUGAAACUGUGUGUAUGAAAAAGCUGUGACCAAUUCAAGACGUGCCUGUUGAAGUGAGAACACUCAGAAUGAGUCUCUAUUUCUGCUAAUUUAAACUGUUCAAAAGGCUACCAUUAAAAUUCAUUAUUCACAACCAGGGUUCAAAUUCCGAGGGAACCAAGGGGAGUUCAUCACCCUUUUGGGGGCGCUGGGUUCCACCAAAAGGGUGAGGGCCUCCCCUGAAAGCCGUCAACUUACACAUCAAGGGGGAGCCCUAAAAUGCACCCACCCUCUUGGGUCACCAUGGGUAUUGGACCAAAAGGAACCUCACCCACCACUGCUCUAACAGAGAUUAGAUGGGAAGCUGCCCCAGAAGCCUGUGUAAUUUGAACCUAUUCAUAACUGUUCAGCAGAAUUCCCUUUCAGAAGAUCUGGACCACUCCUUUCAUUGUAGUUUACCUCAGAACAACAUAAUACUCACUAUACAGAUGAAAACAAGUCAAAUAUACUAUUUAUUAAUAUACAACAUGCAUUAUAAACAGGGUCGGUUUGAAUUCAGAUAAAAUUGUAUCCUUUGUUUUACCAGUUAUUUUUACAAUGUUACAGUUAUGAAUGUUGGUUUGAGGAUUCAUCAAGAAUUCAUUAGAAUAUCCAAACAAACCAAAUCCUGAGGGUUUGGGAUGUUUGCUGCAUCUUCAGGAAAGUUGUUUGAUUGUAGAUGAGAUGAGAUGCAUUGAUUUACGCUGAUUUGUUAAAGUCUGAUGUCUUUUAAAUAAAAUAUUUUUAUAUAUUUUGUUCAGCUAAAACUUUGUUUUCAUGCCUUUGUUUAUUAAACACAGAAAUAAAAAAAUCGUUUUUAAUUGAUUUUAUUUUCAUGCUUGUUUAUUUACCACUCACGUGAAGCACACAAGGUCUUAAGACAAAAUGUUGACCUAGUCAAUCCAAAUCAGUUAGUUUAAAAUUUAGUAGACAUAUAAAAAGGAAUAAG